AUGAUUGGCCAAAAUACACCGUCGAUGCGCCAUGUCUCUGCCUCGACUGCGUCAAGUGGCUCGAGCCUCCUCAGCUCAACGAGCGCCUUCGACUGUAAGUUCGGUGGCAUCUUGCUACUAGCAGGUUACGUACCCGCCGCCGACUUUCCCCCCUCGAAGUCGACGCUCGCGUACAGCACAACGCGCGAUCGCGGCUUCCAACGCGUGCCCGAGCGACGACCCGACGCGAGUGGUGCUGACUGCGAGCGCCACAUUGACAGGUUAAGCUGGACCCGAAAGAAGCGCGGAAAACGGGGCCCGGCCGCUCGCAUGAUGACGCCGUCUAGCAUCACGGGGAGCUUUGGUGGAGCCAUUAACUUGACUGCGAGUAGCAUCGCACCUACGUGGACCACACAGCCGCCUUCAAGUCGCUCGGCGUCUGUGACGCUGCAUCAACUUAAUGGGUUCAGUAUGCGCAACUUGUCCGUGGACGGCACGAGCAGAGACGUGUUACUCAACGUUUACUUUCGACUAGUGGUCGACGGCCGUGUCGUCUACGAGAGUGAAGUCGCGCGAAAUACGCUGAAUCCUGUGUGGGUGCCAUUCAAGUCGAAGGACGAUGACAUUGGGGACGGCCUGGCAGGUGUGGAGACGCUGCUGAGUGGCGGCACGAGGUUUGAGAUUGCAGUAGUGCGUGUGCACGAUCGGAAGGCAGUGAAGCGGCCACGACGCAAGCCGCGCUUUCCAAGUGAUCGGUUAUCGUUAGGAGACGACCAGCCGGUGAAUAACUCGCGGUCAUUUGCGGAUGUCAAAGGUAGUUUCGAUGACGUCGACGAUGCGGCUGGUGCGCACGACGGCAUGACGGAUUCGGACACGUCGACAUUUGCAGGAAGCUCUAAUGGAAACAGUACGAAAGUGUUUGAGGAAGACAUUUUGAGUCUCAACUUUGGCAUACGGGAGCUCGAACCGCUGCCAGUGGCCCUUACCGAUUUGACAAACUUGCCUUUGAACACAUGUUUGUUCGAGUUCUCGGGCCACACGUAUGUGCACCGGGAUGUGCUUGAACUACUGGUUGAAAAAGGUGUCAUCGCGCCCAAGCACUCGCGGAGGAAAGGCUCGGCUAUUCCGCUGAAGGACUACAGCUUACAUAAAGGCGUUGAUGCGCUUGAACACAUUUUGACGACAAAACAGAAGAUCACAGAGUUGACUGCGGCGAAUGCCGCACUGAAAGAGCAGAUCCGAAACAAACUAUUGCACUCACAACAGCGGAUUGCGCGCGAACAUCAGCGCACGAUGUUAGAGGAGCGCGUUCGCCUUGCAAGAGCGCGAGUCGCAGUAAAACGACACACAAUGGAGCGGCUGAGAGCCGUGAUGGAAGAUGAGCGCAGAACGUUUGAAACGGACAUCCAUAUUGCAAAGGCACUCGUAAGCACCAUGCAGAUGACGAUGCGGUACAAGGAAGAACGUCAAAAUAUUCUCGAGCGUCGUUGUGAGGUAUUGCGUGCAGCACACAAGAUUCGCUCUCGGCAGGCGAUGCUGGUCCAGCAGCUUGGCACCAUUUACCCAAUCGAUUAUGUAGGCGCUGGCGAGUAUAGUAUUCGCGGCAUUCGCAUCGCCAACUCAGACCUCACAGGCGGCGGCCGAGCUGACGAGGAGAUGAUCUCCACUGCUUUAGGAUACAUUGCACAUUUGGUGUUUAUGCUUAGCAAGUAUCUACGGGUGAACCUCCGGUAUCGCGUGGUACCAUAUUCGUCACGUUCCUUUCUCAAAGACGAGAUCAACGACCCGCAUGGCGAGUAUCCAUUGUACAAGAGAGGUGUCGAGAAAGAUCGUCACGAGAAGGCAAUUCGUUUUCUUCGCAAGGAUGUUGAGCAGCUCUUGUUUGCGCGCAGUUUAGAUCCCACACAAGAAGCGCCUAUCUUGGCUCGACUAAAGGAGCUCACAGAUGCUGAGAGUGCAUGGCUUGCGAUCGAUCGAAAUGUAAGCAGCAACGCAGGCUGUAGCCAUGGUGCCGAUGCCGGUGCCAUCGUACCGAGAUAG